AUAUGCGGGAGUUGAUGUCAUCGGAAUUUGCUUCUGUUGUUGUGAUAUUUUUCACUUGACUACACCUACAAAACGAAUAGUUUCUCAUCGAAAACUGCCCUUCAACGUAAAUAAUUCGCGAAAAUUGAAUUCGUUGUUCAAUUUUUUAGUAUUUUGAUAACCCGGCUGAGUUCGAUAAGCAAAACAAUAAUGGCUUGGAUAACCGAUGGUUCGGAUGGAUUUGCAGUUAAUGUAGAUGUUGUCACCCAUGUAGAUAACAAAGGAGUGGACAAUGUUUUCAACGCAAUGUGGCAAGACGGUGAUGGUGUGUCAUCGGGAGAACAUUACUGGAAAAUCCACUUUCCGACAUUAGAAAGUGGAGCCGGUGUUGGACUUACGUCGAAAGAUUACUUCAAAAAGGGAUAUGCUUGCAGGGCGAUCAAUUAUUUGGGAAAUUUGAGCAACUGCGGUGGUCUCCUUGUUGGGAACUUCGGUCCGAGACCUAAACAAGCCGAUACGAUUGGAAUUCUUGCCGUUUACGAAGGUGAUAGACUGAAGGUGUACGUUGAUGAAAAUGGAACAAGUCUUGGUCUUGCCUUCAAUGUGCCUGCGUCAACAUUUAAGUCGAUCUUUCCGGUGGUUUCGUUCCACAGUUCGGGGUCAGCCACUUGUACCAAGCAGACAGAAAUACCGAAAGUUACCAGUAGAGCAUCAGCUACAUUUACUGGAAUCGAAGGAGAUUGGAAGCUAACCAAUUUAGAGGAAAAUGCCGUUGUGUUGGAUCUUCCCCUCAAACCUACUGCUAAAUUAACGAAGAUUGACACUGACAAAUAUUCAUUCAACGUCCACGUUAUCAAUCGUAUGUGGACUAAUCUAUUUAAAGCGGAUGGUGAUUGGAAAACGUCCGGGGUCUGUUCAACUAUGAUAGGCGGUGACCCUGAAUCCAUGAAAUUCGAAGAUACAGUUGGCAGUCUAAUUGAAAAAGUUAAAGUAGUUGAGGUUGAUGCAGGCGGAAAUCUAUCGGUUAAAUCUGACACACUGUCAUCCACCUGGACCCGGUACGACUCAACGCCGGGACCAUUCGUUGGUGAACCAUUCGCAUGAAAUGUACAGGGAAUAAACUAGAAAUGUUAUUGUCGCAAAAGAUUUAUUAAAUUUAUUGUUUGUUGGAGUGUUA